CGGGGUCCCCCCCGCCAGGGCUCGGGGCCCCUCCGCUCUCCUCACGGGGAGCAGGCCGCAGCCCCCGCGCCCGGCGGCCCAGGCCGCGGCACCGUCCGCUCGCGGCGGAGUCUCCUCGGCCGCCGCGGGGCAGGCGACGGCGGCUCUCCUGCUUCUGCGGGGCAGCCCGGGCUCUGCCGGGGAGGGAGCGGGGCCGGGGGCCCCCCGGGACCCUCGCGAGUGGAGCCGCUCCCGGCGGCCCGAGCUAGGCCCCCCGCCUCGCCACAGGGCCGCUGCUCUCCCCUCCUCCCCCUGCCCUUCCCGUGGUCCUUCGCCCUUUCUCCAGGCCCUGGCUGAGUGCUGCGCUCCCCUGCUCUUCCCUUCGGUCUCUCGGGGAAAGAGAGACCUUGGGGUGGCUCCAAACGCAUUCAUUCGAGCAAAUUUCAGACCCCAAAACAAGUGCUGUAGGAGAUAGGUUGUUCCGAGUUAAAAGCUUGUGCCUUCCUUUUGUAACAGUGCACAUAAGGGGUGUACUGUGAGCUAGUCAUCUGACAAAUUGCUCCUCCGUUCCCCAAAGGAACUGCCUUCAGGAUCUGACUAACUCUGGAUGCACCCGGUUAUCAUAAUUUCUCCUUUAGUUUUUUUGUUUAUUUUUUUUAAAAUGGGUGAUGUUUGUUUUUGUUUCUUAAGAAUUUGAUCCUGGAACUUUCUGUUUUCUUAUCCUGAAGUUUAUAAUGCAAGUGCAAAAGUGAUUUUUUGCUGCUGUAACGAUCAGUUUGUGGAGUUUACAAAUUAAUCCCGGAACUGGUUAUUUGGGGUUCUUGUUGCACUCAGAAAUUGAGCUCUGGGCCCUACUUUCAAAAUACAAAGUUCUGUUAUUUGACUGUUAAAAAAAAAAAAGAGAGAGAGAGAGAGCACGCUAUUCUGGGGAUAGGUGAUUUUGAAGCAAAAUUGGAACCACCACUGUGGCAUGAAGUUGAAUUGGACACCCAUUAAACUGAUCAGGCUGAACAGCUAGGCAAUUUUUUUUUUUUUUUCUGGAUGGCCCAGUAUUUCAGGAAGAAAGUUAGCCUAGAAAAAACUUCCUCUUGCUGUCCCUUCUCAUCUAAAAUGGCACCCUUCCAAAUGACUGCUUCCAGAGGAAAUUGACUCUUUUUGAGAUUUAAUAAAACAUUUCAGUGAGGAAGAUGAAUUGUCAUUACUCCCGUAGUAGGUUGCUGCCAGGGCCUGGCAUUGAUUUUGGACAUAGAAAAAGAGUGAGUGUAUGUUCUUUCAGUAUGCCAGUCUCCCCUGAGAGCAACUGCAGCAGCUUCAUCGGUGCCCUCAGUUUGGAAUUUAUUUCACAUGCCUGCUCUGACAGCAAGGAGGAAAAGUUGAUGGUGGAUGGAGGGAAACGUAGAGGAGAGCCGCCUGUUAAUAUAGGAAAGAAGGGGUUAUGGACUAAGGGAAAGCCACUACAUUUUUAAAAAAAUGGUACUAUUUAAAAAUUUGUUAAGGAUUUGGACGUGCAGGUACUGCUACAGCUGCAUGUGCUGCAGCUGCAGAAGUCAUGCCUGUUGCUGCUGAGCAAGAAGGAGAGAGCUUCUUUAUUAAGUGCAGUACGUUGAAGCAUGUACCAUUGCCUAGAAGAAGAGCAAAGAUUUCCAUUUUGUGGGACUUCCUCCAUAUUGAUCCUUGGUUUACCUGGUAUGCCAUCUCCAGCAUAUGUUUGAGGAGAAAAAAAAAAAAACAAAAAAACCCACAACAUUGGCCAUGACAAGCCAGGUACUCACCUGAGGACAUCGACUCUUCAGUGACAUCUCGAAGUCAAGCAUUUUGCACAUCAGACCGUGGCUAACAAAAUAAGUGUCACAGCCAGAAGAACUGUAAGGGAGGAUAAAUGCACCUUGAGCGUGUCUGUGUCAGCCAUCUCCCCAGACAGCAGUUAUAGCAGUAGGAGUUUGAUGCAUGUUCCCAACUCUUUUGCAGUGAUGAUGUGGAAAAGCUGUUUUUUCAAUUCAGAGAAGCAGGAAAGAACUGUAACUACACCCAGGUAAAUCAGAGCUGUCAAAAAGAUUUGCCAAAGAUGUGGGUCAUACCAGUGUAAUUACAGCAGCCAUUGCAGCUGCAGCAAUAGUAGUUUCUGGAGAAAAUAGGUGGAGUUUUCUUCGUGAAAGCAGUACUGUCAAAAGCAUUUUGAUGCCAGAAAUCGUGAUGAAGACAUCUGCUGCCUGGAUCGUCUCUGCUGAUGCUCAGUAUACCUGACAGGUUCUUUGUGAUGUCUGUGAUAUACGUAAAAAUUGUGUCUGUCAAGGCAAGCCAGUAACUCACCUUGGCACUUCCAUGCUGCAGCGACACUUGCAGGUCACAUACGCUGUACGCUGGGCCAGGAUCUAAAGCUAAUGGGGAAGUUGGUAACAAUGAAGGUUGAGAAGCACUUGUGGAUUCUUGUACCAUUCCACGUGAAUUCUUGAGGUGACAUAUUGAGCUUUUUCUUUUCAAGGGAUAAGCUUACAGCGAGUUGCAUUUAACGUCUGCAGGUUUGGGUGUUCCUACUGCAGCUCCAUCUACUGAGCCAACGUUUGGUAGAGGAAAGACCAUAAGUGUUAACUGUGGGACUCAAAGAGACUCUCAACUACAUAUUGCUGUGAAGAAACUCAGAUCAGAGAAUGCAGUUAUGUGACAGGCAAAUGGAGGUAUUACAAAAUUGAUUAUUGAAGAUGCUUUUCUUUUUUUUUCCAACACCAGCUUUUCAGAAGUUCAUACGGACUGUGGCACUAAGUGAUCAGUUGCCAUCUACAACAUACUUUUCCACAAAAGUGAUUGUGGAAGGUUUUGGAGAAAGCAGAAUGCAGAAAAACACAUUUAGCAAUUGAUAUGUGGACCAAUGAACCUACCACAGACUACCUGACAGCGAUGGCCUCUUGGGUAUCUUUUGAUAAGCUGCCUUCCUCUGACCGCCACAGCAGAAGUUCUCUUUUAGAAAACGAGCAGCUUGCUCUGACUGGCUUUGCUAAAAAUUCUGCAGCAGCAAGUGUCCUACAAGAACCAAGUUACCAAAUUGGCGUGUGGCUUUUCCCUUAUUCUCUCACCCCAGCUUUGUAGCUUUUGACAACACUGCGACAAUAGCUGGCACUGUUGUCAGUGCCAUGUUUUACAUAUAUUUUAGGUUUAGUGAUUUUAGGACUUCCUCUGAGAGCACAAGAGCACUGAGAACAUCUUAUCAGUUGUUUAAGAGAUUUGCUGUCACUUUGCUCAUUCUAAGGCCCAUCAAAUUCUUCAGGAAUUCCAGGAUGCAAACCAUCUUCCGCAGACUCUCUUGGAGCAGGAAAUAGCCACUCAAUGGACAUCUACCUUUUAUGUGUUAAAGCAACUUUAGAGCAGCAGAAGGUGGAGCACAACUACUGUGUGCAGCCUCCUCCUGGGAGGGUGGAUGGGGCUAUUCUCAACUCAUUCCAGAGGUCCCUGGUGUCACAUGCAUGUGACAUUCUUAAGCCAUUUGUUUAUGGAGACUGCUCCGGAACUGCGUGCGUGCACUGCAGGUCUUGCUCAAGUGCUGCUGUCCUCGGUUCGCCUCCUCCUUUUGACUUUGCAGGGCGUGUGGAAAGACUCAAAUCAAAGGUGCUUCUGUAGUUCUUGGACUGGGGGAUGAUUUGUCUUAAUCUUGAAAUCAAUUCUCUGCUGAGUUGUGCACUCAGAUCUGAACGCUUCACCUUGGCCACCUUAUUAGAUCUUUGCUUUAAAGGUAGUUUUGAAGAAUUUCUUCUUCUAGGUUUUGAAGUGUUAAGCUAUAGAGAAAUCUGUAUGGAAUGAGUGUCUGAUCAGAUGUCUGCUUCAGUACAGGGCUGCGCUUUGAAAGUUACGGAAGUGUUAGGCCAGUCAGCCUUUCAGGAACAGACUGAUGUGCCUCUAAUCUUAAGGGAGGUUGUCUUAAUUCAGGUACCUUAAAGUGGCUCAGCUUCAACCAGAGCCGCUGCAGCCAGUGAGAGGCUGUUGUGCCCCUUGGUUGUGGCAACAGUAGAAUUCUCAGAGGUCACAAUAAAAGGUGAGUUCCGACUUGCUGGCGAAGGAGGCCGAGACAGUGGCCUGCGUUCACUCGAGCUGCUGUUCUCGGCUGGCAACCUUGCAGUCUUUGCUCUGGGUGGGUCGUGAGUGACGUGUUGUCCCCUGUCCCUCCCCACCCUCCCCAAUUUCUGAACCCAGUGCACCUAGUCUAGGUUUAGAUACUACUGAACGGCUAGAAUUCAUUAAAACAAAUCUAAAGAGUAUUAAUUGCAACUGUUCUAGUCUUAGCUUUAGACUUUGAUACAGAGGAUGAGAUCACUUGUAGUAGGGAGGAGGUAUUAGCGAGAGAUUGUUUUGUGCUUCAGACCAUUUGCAGUGCUGAAUAUGUAUGGUUUAUGUAGGCACCAUAUGCACUAUUUCUUAUAUAAUUUUUUAACACCUAGUGCACGUGGCACUUUCAGCUAUGGAGUGCUCUAACAAGUGGGUGAAUCAGCAGUGGCUCUGUUUUGCAGCUGAGGUAACACCGACAGAUUGAAAAGUGGGAUUAGAACGUGCAGUUCCUGGUGCUCUUCCUUCCUUGUCUUCUGACUGUCAACCUGUAGUGUCCUUGUAAACAGGGGUGUUAAGCAUGUUUACUGUUUUAUAAUGAUUUAAAGGCACACAAAAAUAGAUCAGGAACAGAGACCAUCUAAGCAAAGUAGUUUGUGCUUUAUGACCAAAAAAUACCUAUAGGUAAAUGCCUAGUUAAUAAGCACAGUGCUAUAAGUACUGAAUAAUCCUUCCUUCAUGCAUUUGUUGGAGUGCAAAAAAAAAAAACAUUGUUCCCCUUUUGCUCUUGUGUAAAGCCAGUACAGGACACGUGCUGGUCACCAAGCUGGAAACUUGAAACGACUCCAAAAUGUUAAGUGCAGCUCAAUCUUAAUAGAAAAACUUUACUACAAUUCUGGAAGGAGGGAAAAAAAAGGAAAAGGCCUUAAAAUUCUAACCAGCUUCUGAGAGACUUGCUGAGUGCACCAGAGUUACUCAUUUUUAUUUGGGCUUUCAGGGGUUAGUUAAGCUAAUUUCUGCUUAGCAUUCAGAUUGCCAAGUUAACUGACCUUAGUUAAAAAGAAAAAGAAAUUUUUGAGUUACCCUUAAAGAAAAAAAAAAGAAGAAGAAGGAAAAGACUUUUCUGGAAUUUAUAGUGGUGAGGUUUUGUUUUGUUUUAGUUUUGCUUUCUUCCCAUUCCUUAAACAAGAUCUAUUCAGAUUCAAAUUCUGAACAGCAUUCAAAGUGUAUUCAGGAAUAUGGAAGGCAAUAAGCAAAAUGUGCUAAAUUUAAGCAGUUGAGCUGCUUGAGCAUUCAAAAGAGCUAAGUCUGCAGGGGCAUUUUUUUCGCACCGUGAUGAAUAUAGUAACCCUGCAUUAUACAGGUGGCUCUCACUCUUCCUAGGGAAAAGAAAUGCCACCUUCUAGGCCACAAAUUCCUUCUGAUUUGUAUUUGAAUACCUCUGCUCAGCAAAGCAGUGGUCCUUAAUUACCAUCUGUUUAAGUGUUGGUUUGUGCAAACUGAAGAAAUCAUGCUUGAAAUUGCAUUUAAUUAACAACGAUAUUGGUAACACAUUUGGUAAAAUGUUUCUUGUCAAACUUCCAUGCAAAAGAGCACCAGUAAUUUUUAAAAGCUGCAUAGGAAUUUGUAUGACACAAAGUUUGGUUUUGAAGGUGCUAAAGGUCAGAAGUGUAUAGUCGUACCAGUACUGAAGAAAGGAAGAAACCUUGCACUUAAUUUCUGUUUUUAUUCCCUUUGUCAAGCAGUCAAAACCAAUAACUAAUACAAGAACCCAACUUUUCCUCUCUUUAUUUUAGAUUUGGGGAAAUUCCCUGCCAAAAAAAAAUAUCCUGGAAAAUUCACUAGUGUUUGUGUGAGUAAAAGGUUCCAACCUUUUAUUAUUAAUUUGUAAGAACUAUUUCAUUCAGUUUUGUCCAAAAGAGUCAGAAAUAUUUAGCACAGAAGUGUAUAGCAUUUUAGUGAUAGGGAUCAGAAUCACUUUAAUUUGAUUUUUAUCUGGUCUGGUUGCAGGUUUUAUAGCAUUUAGUAUCUUUAAAAAUUAAGAAAAAAAAUGUCUGACUUCACAUCAAAAAAACUGCUUGUGGCUAAAUGGAAUCAAUUUCAGCUUCUGUGGCAUCAAAAAAAUCAUUGGCUGUUAAGAAUUGGACCUAAACCAUCUUUUCAAACCUUUGAUGAUAUUGCAGCAAUGGAUAAUGGUGGAUAUAUGGAUUAGGGAACAGCAUGUGAUGGCAAACUUGCAGUGUUUGUUCUCAUGUAAAAUUAUAUAUAUCUCAAAAAAUCCAAAUAAUUCAAAAUUCUUGGUAUCAUGCAGCCAUGCCACUUCCAAAGUGAGCAUUUCCCUGCCUCUCAAAGCUUGCUGUAUCCUUGAUCUGCUGUCUUCCUGCUCUUAAUUGGUUGCAACUCUACGUGUCUGAUCAGGGCUAAAAGUAUUGUUCUUGAUUAUAUGGAUAUGAUACAACAUAUACUGUGCACGCUUGUGUGUAUAGAUAUGUUUAUACUGUAUGCAUGUACAUAAGUAUGCAUAUUUGUGUGCUGGCCCCAAAAUCACUCAUGUUAUAAAGCAUCAGCCUUGAAGGCAUAUUCAUCAAAAUAUAAUGUAGCACUUUCAUUUUUGCCAGUUCCCUCAAAAUGAGACACUUUUUAUGCACCCUACUUGGCCAAUAGCCAAAAUGUCUAAUUUUUAUCACUCUUGCUGAUUUUAUUAUCACUCACUGUUGGCGUGUGUAUAAACACAUAUGUGUAUAUGUAUAUACAUAUUUGUGUAUUUAUACGCACAAGUAUGUUUUGCUAUACAGGUAAUAAAGAUGGGGGAAGGUUUUUGUGUUUUCUUAAUAGGUGAAGAAAUCUUGAAGACCAGAAAUUGGAACUUACUGAAUUUUAAAUUAAAAAAAAAUAUAUAUGUAUAUAUAAAUUGUCCGGCUGUGGAAGAUGGAUCUUCAUUUUUGCAGCCACUUUGAAUCGCAAGUUCAUCUUUAAAUGAACUGGGUAUUUUUUUUUUUUUUGAAGAGCUAACUAACCCUGGCUGUCUCCAGUCUGACAGAGUAUUCAAAUGGACUUGCUUCCUCCAUUAGUUGUAAGAUGUUUAAAAGCACAUCCUAUGUUUGAAUUGUGGAUGAGAGGUUCCCUUGGCAAUGUGAGGAGGAAAAUUCUUUCUACCCCUUUAUUAUUAAUUCACGGAUUCAGUGUUGGUUCGACCUACAGGAGAAGUUAACUGGAAGUCUUGGAAGAUCAGUACCUUUGCUGAGAUUGUCCAGGGUUACUUUUAAAAGAAGAUUUCACUGAUCAAGCCUGUAGAAGACUUUCAGCCCAAGAAAGAGCGAAGCCAGCUCUUGUCAAGAGUGAAGGAGAUCCCUGUGGAGAGACAACGCUGAUAACCUGAGCUUGUUCUAGGAAUUUGUUCAGCAUGUCUAACCAGGGAGAUGAUUGCUAUUUCUAUUUCUAUUCCACGUGUAAUAAGGGAGACAGCUGUCCCUUCCGCCACUGUGAAGCUGCUCUGGGGAAUGAAACAGUCUGCACACUCUGGCAGGAGGGUCGGUGUUUCAGGAAUAUCUGCAGAUUCAGACACAUGGAAAUUGAUAAAAAACGCAGUGAGAUUCCUUGCUAUUGGGAGAAUCAGCCAGUUGGCUGUCAGAAAUCCAACUGUGCUUUUCAUCACACCAAGGGACGUUACGUUGAUGGACUGUUCUUACCACCAAGCAAAACUACACUGCCAUGUCCACCUGAGUCUGCAGAAGAUGAUGUGAAAGCGGCUCAGAUAGCUCUGCAACAGAAUAAACUUUCUGUCCAGUCAAAUCCCUCUCCACAGCUGAGGGGGGUAAUGAAAGUGGAGAACUCUGAAAACGUCCCAAGUCCUACACAUCCUCCAGUUGUAAUCAAUGCUGCAGAUGAUGAUGAAGAUGAUGAUGAUCAGCUUUCUGAAGAAGGAGAUGAAACUAAAACACCUGUCCAGCAACCAGCUACAGAAACCCCUAACGGAUUGCGGAUAAUUUCCACUAGGAAAUCCAAUGCUAAUACAAAACAAGAUGAGAAGUUGAAUUUUGGGAUAAAAACACUUGAAGAAAUUAAAUUGAAGAAACUGAAGGAAAGAUCAAAAAAACAAGAAGGUCCUUCAGGAGUUCCUGUUCAUCCACUCCAAUCUCAGACUAUUCCUGUGCCAGAAAAGGAAAAUGUACGGACAGUAGUCAGAACUGUGACACUAUCUACAAAGCAAGGAGAGGAGCCUGUAAUUCGAUUGAAUCUUGCGGAGAGACUGGGAAAGCGGAAAGUCCCCAUAGCUCAUGAAAGUGUCCUUCCACUGAAGCGCAGCCUUGCUGAAAGGCUGGGGAAGAAGAUAGAGAGUCUGGAAAAUGCUGACAAAGCACCAAAGCGAGUUCAAGUCCCCAGGUCUCUGAAGGAGAGGCUAGGGUUGCCUUCUGAACAGACCAGUACAGAGACGGAGAAAGCUGCCAAGCCAACAGGAGAGAUCCAUGUGAAAACUCUGGAGGAAAUCCGUCUUGAGAGAGCUAAUCAGAGACGAGGAGAAUCUCAAGCUAAACCACAGACUGAAGGGCCUUGUAGAACAGAAGAUCCCAGCCCAGGGGCAAGACCUUCCCCUGCAGUUCGCAUCAAAACUUUCUCAGAGGCCCUAGCUGAAAAAAAACACAAGCGAUUGGAAGAAGAGAAGCAAAAAGCAGAAGAGUUACCUAUCAAGGCAAAGGCUGAGGGCGAUCCCAAGAAGCAGAGCAUACUAGCUCCAUCUUUGCCUAGCAAAGUACAGCUAGAAGAGUUGACAGGUAAAGCCAAACCAGGAGGAGAGGUGCGUAUUAAAACCUUGGAAGAAAUCAAACAGGAGAAAGCUCUGCGGAUGCAGCAGAGUGGAGAAAGUGUUCCAGCUGCACCAGCCCAACCUGAACCUGCCCCGGCAGGGAGGAGAUUGUUGCGGAUCACAAAGCUAAUAGCACCUGGAAGGGAAGAAAAGAAGAUAGUAGAAGUGAGCAAGCCUUCUCCCAAAGCUGUCCCUGCACCUCCAGAGCCCUCUGAUCAGAGUGCAACUAAUUCUAAAGUUCAGGUGAAGAGCCUUGAAGAGAUAAUGAGGGAGAAGCGGCAACUGAAACAACACCAAGAGGAGAAACUUCAGAAGGAAGCAGCUGCUGUGCCAUCCACUGCGGAAAAAGCAAUCAAAACCCCAGCGUCUGGGAGUCUUGAAUCCACUGUGGUGUCAGGGCCAAAUUGUCAGUUUGCAAAGAGGUUAUUGGUGAAAUCUCAGGAAGAUGGGGUUGACAGCACAGGAAAGGAUGCUGCUGUACCACCAGGGAAACAGGCAGCUCAAUCUCUGGAACGCAAAGCUAAAACCAAAUCGAAGGUGAACGUGAAGCCAUUGGAUGGGAAAGCCACCUCCCCCACAAAGCAGGCACUGAAACGUAAGGCAGCUGAGAGUCAUCCCUCUGCUGUGGCAGCUGUGAAACCAUUGAGCAGCACUGGUGGUGACAUGAAGGAGCCUCCAGCUAAAAAAGCAACUGUGGCUGUUGUUCCAGCCCUGCCAGAGGAUAGCCUGGUCACCAUACCUGAAAGAGAAAAACCCAAAAACAGUGCUGAACUGCAUAUUGUAAGCCAGGCAGAUUCUGUGGCACAGUCAGAGGUCUCAAGCUCAACUUCUUCACAAGCAGUGGUAAAGACACGCCGGCUAAGCUCCACAGGGGCUGGGAAAGCACCUUUAUCUGUAGAAGAUGACUUUGAGAAGCUUAUUUGGGAAAUCUCAGGAGGCAAACUGGAAGCAGAAAUUGAUCUGGAUCCAGGGAAAGAUGAGGAUGAUCUCCUACUUGAACUUUCUGAAAUGAUUGACAGCUGAACUGCAUAUUCUUCUGUUUUCAAAAAAAAAAAAUUAAAACUGUAUAUUUUGUUGGAUACCCUGAGAUGAUCCUUUUUCUAGCUGAGGCUUUGCAAUGAGUCUUGAAGCACAGUUGAACUGGUAGAAAUUGGCAAUAUCUGCACUCAGUUGUCCUAAAUUUCCCUGCUGGUCAGAGUUCAAGUCCUGCGCAUCUGUUCUGUUACUAUUGGUGGCUACCUUCAAUAUUAAGAGGACAAAGCACUUCAUUAUUUCAGACCAGAAAGAUGCCCAUCUACAAGCUGUGGUGGUUGUGAAUUGAUCUCGAGUCAGUGAUGCUCUGAAGGCUUAAACUUAAAGCUUCUUUCCCUGCCCUGCCCCUCCCUUGGCAAAACAGUGUUGGGUGUAUUUCAAGGUUUUUGCGUUCUGAUUUCUUGGACAGUUGAUACUAAAGCCUGGAGUUACUAUGUCAACUCUUGAUUUUUAUUUAUGUAUGCUGUCAUUUUGACUUUACUCUUUUAGGGCAAAUUAAUGAAAAUGAAGGGGUGGGAGGGAGCAGAAUUCUUCUAGCAUUUUGGACCAAACAUGCUGUCAAGGGUGGUGGUUGGAGUCAGUCCAUCCAGCCUUACUUGUCUUCAAUUAUCAGGGAUAAUACAAUAUCAGUGUGAAAAGCAGCAGCUAUACAGUACAGCUAGAAUACCCCCCUCCCUUUUUAUUGUACUGUAUCAAAGCUUGGGGCUUUGGUGCUUUUUUGCUGAUGUGAAUAGGAUUCUGGGGUGAGAAGUGAGGAUUCUUCUUGUAAUCUGCAGUAAAUCAGUAAAUGAAGAAUUGGUUUAAGUGCCUCUUGGUUCCAAGAAUCACUCCCCUGAGCUGCUGGCUCUUCUGCUGGGAAGUGACAGCUGCUAGGACUAACAUUAAAACGCUGACCGUCAGCUUUAUUUGAGCUCCUGUUGGCCAUGUGGCAUCUGUCUGAUCGGGUGGUCAUUUGUUGGCAUUGAACCAACAGGAGGCUGGUGCCCAGGCAAGCAGUCUUGGGGCUUGGUACUGCUGAAGGACUGACUAUGCUCUCCUUCUUGGGCAUGUCCUGGGAAUCCUUUCCUCUCAUCUCCCCUAUACCCCCACCCCGCCAUUGAGGCUUGAGCUCCAUGUAGAAGUACGCACUGGAGUCAGGACUGGAGGCUCCUGGCUGGCUGUGUGCAGUCUGAAAUUGUGACCCUGCAGAAAAUAGCUGAGACUGGGGUGUAUUGUGUACCCUGCCACCAGUGAUCGUUUUCCCUAGCAGAUAUAUUUUUUAAUUAUUUUCUAAAAUUUCUGAAGAACUUUAGUCUCUUCCUGUUAUGAUUUGUGAAGCUGUAGGGGCCCUCAGGCAUUUGCUGCUGGCAGAGGAAAAUGAGUUGUUUAGUUUAUUGUAAAUAUUUUUCUCUUUGGAAGAAAACACUUGUGUGCUUUGAUAAUCCACUGUGAUGUCUUAGUUCCUAGAGGAAAAAUUUGAACCAAAAUUAGAAGAGCCCCUUCUGAAGAAACUGCUGUUCUGGUUCCCGAAGGGUCACCAAGUUGGCAACUUCCUACGAAGGGGGCAGGACAGCGCUGACCAUUUAUCCUGCUGAAGGACUUUUUCAUGAUGCAACUUCUGCCAGCUCUGGCUGCUUGUGCACAGACAGAAGUGACUGAGGAGAGAAGCACAUGUGAGACUGUGGUGUGGAAGACUUCCCCCUUGCUUUUUCUCUCCCUGCUGUUGUUGAAGCAGACUAUUCUCUUCUGUUGUCAGCCUUCAUCGCCUCUGAGCCGAGAGGCUCUGUCCAUGGGGACAGGAUUUUGUGUAUGCCAUUGUUCCUGUAAAUAUUUUAUUCUUUCAUUUUAUAUUUGUAUUCUAUUUAAGGUAUUGUAUUAAAUGUAGUCUGGCUCCUCUACCUUCACCAUUAGUUGAACUGUUCUAUGUGACAGCAGUUACAGGUGUUUUUAAAUAAACCUGGCGUAGGAAAGCUA